AUGCCUCGAGGCAGAACAAGAUACCAUCAACCACCCACACGGCAACGCACACCCACACCCACACUCAUACCUACGCCCGCGGCCACACCCGCCCCCCGUCAGCCCCGCCUAAACCCCAAACUCCUCACCGGCGCCUUCCUCAUUUUCCUCUCCCUCCUCAUCUUCCUCGCCGUCAUCAAAGACCUCCAUUCCCGCACCCCCUGGCCUGCCUACAAGCCUCUACCCUCCGCAAGCACCUGGUUCGAGAGCUCUCCUCCCCAUUCCACUCCCCGCACCCCCCAGAAGGCCAUCCGCAAAACCCUAAAAACCAUAUCCACCCUCGUCACGGAGCUGAACCGCACGCUCACCACCACGUGCCCUGGCCUUGGGACGUGGGUUUUUCUGGGCGGGGUUGCGGAUAUUGCUCUGCCGUUUGAGGCGCGAGUACAGACCUGGGGGCUUGGGGGGGCGACUGUCACACUUGCUGGUGUGGUUGGUAUGGCAUUUCGGGGGUUGAGGGUUCGGUGGUAUUGGUGUUUGUUGUUUAUGCUGGGCGCGGCGUUUGGGGGUAUGGUGCUUGGGGUGUUUGUUACGCCGGAGGAACUGUUGGUGAAGUGGAAGGAGGAGACGAGGGCUGAGGCGGAGAAUUUGGCGUAUGCGGAGCGUCAGAUGGGCAGAUGA